AUGACAAUCAAUCAUUUAUGUCCGCUAUGCGGACGAAAUCUGAGCAUUACGCGUGAGAGUCACUAUGCUGUUCAGGAGACGUUAGGUGCGGACAGGAUCCGGACAGUCACCUUUGUACUACUCCCUCCUCUUACCGAUGCCCGCCUGGCUGAGAUGGUCAAUGCACGUGCUAGGAGCCCGACCGAGGCGUUCAUACAUCCCGACUGCUGGCUGAUUGCUGAGAGGACAUUGAGCCGCMGCACGAGCAUCGACGGAAAAUACGUCAGUGUAUUUCUCGAGCGCUUGAUCCAAUUGUUACCAUUUCUGGCGAGGGUCCCUUUCCCAUGUCCAACUGGCCGUCUGGAUGAGGAUAUUUUCGUGCCACUAAAGAAUUGGGAAAGAACAGAACCUCCGUCACCUUUCUCACGCUGUCCGACUGAGGUCAUCCAGACUAUAUUUACCUUCCUCGAGCUAGAUCAGGAUGUUUCAAACCUCUGCGAAUUUCUCCGGGCUAGAGGCCCGAGCCCUCGGCAUUGCAGGGAAAUUGGUCAGACAUACGGACUCAAGGAAGAUGCAGACGCGGAAAUAACUGUUCCAAUCCUCCUCCGGAAUAUCUUUCAGCAGCCGCCAGCCCGAUUUCCCUUCACAGCGAACUAUAGGGUCGUAUCGGACAAUGUACGCUUAAUCUCCACUAUCAUCGAAAAUCCUAACUCCACAUCGCGUGUCACGCACAAUGUACCUUACAGUGCAACACUCGUGACAGAGCGACCUUCAUCCCGAUAUGCGAUGCGAACCAACGACGUGAGGUAUAUAACAUUCUGGUUCAACCGGCUCGGGCGGCAUCAAUUUCUAUGUGGGAUUGCACUCAACGGGACACUAUUCGGCCACACGGGCCGUGUUCGUCACGCCGUACGAGUGGCCAGUUUGAGGGGACUUCACGUCGCUGUUGCCCGAGAAGAUAUUGUUGCCGUGCAAGUCAAAGAUAUAACAGGCUGGUUAUCGCAUUGGUACGGGCUACUGCCAGCAAAAGGGUCGUUCAUCGUUCUCGAGUGCGAUUCUUCCCAGAGUGAGUUCGUGGUCUCAUACGAUAACGUGAAAGUGCUACAGCUUGCUUUCCAGAACGACAUCAGAAAUAGGAGCAUUUAUCCUACCGCAUCUCCUGUGGACUUAUCUCUGAGCUGGACCUACAUGCACGAUAAGCGCAGCUGUGGGUAUUGCCUUUGCCCGUUAUCGACAUUCACACGAGGGUUUCGCGAGGUCACAGCCGUGAACGCAUAUGUCACUCCUCGCUUUGGUCCAUUUGCUUUGACGGGCUUAGAGUUCAUUUGUCGCGCUGAACGGCAAACUCUUGGCUUUGUAACCGACCCGUAUAUCAAGCUUUCCUUCCCCUUGUUGCGAUCGGAGACUAUUACGUCUCUGAUUUUCGGUGCCGAGCCAAUUAACGGGCAUUUUGCCAUAACCUUCAUUACAAACUUAAGACGCUCUGUGACAUUUGGGAGUCCGUCUGCGGCAUUACUAUACUCGGCAGCCAAUGUCGCUGGAAUCGCCCUAGGAAAGUGUUCGCCCGACCACCACCUAUCUUUCUUUGGAGUGUUUCGAAGCCCUAAACGACCGCCCGUGACGCCUGUAGGCAUGGACGCUCGCGUGCACCGGCAAUAUUGGGUCUGGAAAAUGUACGGCAAUCCUUGGCCAGAGAUGGCUCUUUGCUCGGCCGCGCCUGUGACUGGAAUUUCUCAUAUACGAGUUUAUCAUGACGGCGCUCGACAGUCAAUCACAGGUCUUAUGCUUUUUUACCGGAGCCGUCCCCCUUCUGUUCUUGGAGAACUCUGUGAAUUCUAUGCUGAGUAUUCCCCGCGGUCAAUCGAAACUAUCCAAGGGUUCGCUUUUUCGUACAGUCGCAGCUUUGACUGGACCAGAAUUCAUCAUCUUAAACUAUUGAUGGAGCAGACCUCAGUCACGUUUGGCAGUCCGAUCCCAGGACAACCCGAGCGACUUUUCACCCGAAAUGCCGAGAUGUUCCUGAAAUGGACUUUCUCGCAUCGCAUACGCCAUAUCGAGUUCUCAUUAGCUGGAUGA